AUGGCUUCAGAAUCCAAAACGGCCGACAGCAAUCCGCCGGAAUCGGCCCUCUACGACCUCCCGCCGGAGUCUUUCUGGGUCUCCACCGCCGACGAGCAAGACUGGUUCAACCGCUACGCCGUAAUGCAGCGCAAAGCCUCGCUCAAACUCGGCUUCAAUCGCAACUCCAAGUCAUUCCCCCACCGCUCCGACGCCGCACUUUCCAACAAAAGAUCCUCCGCCGCCAGGCCAUCGGUCUUGGGGCUCGCCGCCGCCGCCCGGAAAUCCUUCGGAACCGACGGCCGGAACGCGCCGGAGAAGAAGUCUUCCAGGCCUUUCUUCAGAAGCAGGUCCGAACCGGGCGCUGCAAAGCCGCUGGUUUCCCAGCUUUCCGACCCCGGUUCACCUCGGGUCUCUUGCACCGGACGCAUCGGGACUCGAAGCCGCGGAGGUACGAACACCGGUUUCUCGAGGCUUUUUGGCUCUCUGUUCGGUUCUGGGAAGAACCGGCCACGGAAGGGCAGCGCCCGCUGA